UACAUUCCAGACCAAACCUGCACCAAAGCGGAAGGGUGUUUUCUUUUUUUUUAUUAUUAUCAUUCAGUUUCAAGGGCAGUACAGUCAGUUAACUUCAACACUUGGAAUUCUCCAGAAGACAAGGCAUGUUUUAGCAAAGAACUUCAAAUAAAUUCCAAUCCAUCAAGAUUUUCCACAUUUCUGAUACAUAGCCGCUCUGAAGAUUCUGCUAAAGCAGCUUUUGACCACAGUGGGGAUCUUUCUGAAAUUUUCUGCUGACAUGAGCCGGCACGAGGAAAUAACAAACAGCAAGUACCAGUUGUUCAGUACUAACCUUUAACUCUAUUUUCUAGAAAAUAAAAAGCUUUGGAAUUCACAGAACAGUAGGAAUCAAUGCAACUGUGCCUCGUGUUUUUCAGCCGAUUAGUUUGCAGAUUUGCUCUGCCAAAAAAAAAGGCCCUUUGUGUAAAAAGUAAGUUCUGUUGCUGCUGAGAAAAUGUGGCAUGCAAGAUGAGUGAAAUCUUCCUAUUUCUUCUGUACUAAAGUUGUAAAUGUUGGUAGGAAUUUGCAUUUCAUAAUACUAUGUUCUGGAAAAAUAGUGUAUGAUUUGGAGAAACAGCUUCCCUCCAUAAUGAUUCAAUUUACUUACUGAAUGAAAAAAAUAUUUCUUGGAAGUAAUUGCACAGAAAUAAAUAGUUCUUGUUCCAGGAAUAUAUGUGUGUUUUGAUUUGCCCAACAUGGAAAAAGAUUGUGAUUGCGGUAAGCUGUCUAAUCCAGGGAAGGAGAAAGAGACUGAAGCAGGCCAUACUUUAUUUUCUAAAUUUUCUAUGAAAGCACUGUUUGGAUUUACAGAUAAAUUAGAACCAGGAGCUUCAAAACAGCAAGUAGUUUUAAAAGGGGUUCAAAAUGUCAGUGAGGAUAUUGGUAGCCAUGUGGACAAUAAGGAUGAGAAGAACAAAGUAAAUGAAGAAGCUGAUCCAAAUACUGUUCAUCUGCUUCCAGAAAUGGUGCAGGAAGAAAGUAAUGUUCAGGCUGUUCCAGAAACUGACACAAGAGACAUAUUUGUUUUGGAGGCAGUCUCAGGAAUGGGUGACUGGGCUUCAAAUGACCGUGCAGAAACUAUUACUGGGGCUUCAAGUGUGCACAGAAUUUAUGCUGGAAACUUUGUUGACUCUGAAGACAAUGACAGCAUACAUAAUACCUCGAUAGACUAUGCUUUUGUUUCAGAUGAUCAUCAGGCUGAUGUUUAUGGCACAAGUGACUUGGAAACACAGCAAAGGGAGCAGAAGGAGCCGUCUCUCUAUUCUAGCCACUCUCCUUUGUGUGAAUUCAACAAACAAGAUUGUAAGGAUUCCAUUCUUGUUCAGGGUACUUUGGCUCAUACAGCAAAUGACACAGAAUUAGACAAUGAGGCUACAGAUGUAGAAGCGCAUGGAAAUGUAACAAACUACCCUGUGUUAAAUUGUGCUGUAUCAUUGGAGGAUAAUGAUCAAAAUAAAGAAGACACAGAACUAUAUACAGAAAUGGGUAGUGCUAUAGCAGGGGAUAACACAGAGCCAAUUUUACCAAGUGGCAAAUGGCCUUCAAAAGAAAUGGGUGAUGCAAUACCAGAAAUAUAUUCAAAUUCAAAUGUUAGAACACUAAUCAAGGAAAAUAAUAGUUCAGUUUCUUCAGCAAAGGAUAUUCAGGAAGCUGAAGAAGAGCAGGGAUCUCUUUCAAGUAACUGCAGCACUGAUUCUCCUUCAAAGCCAGCAUCAAGCGAAAAGUCCUUCCAGCUCCCAGCCUUCUUUAGUGGAUUACGUGUUCGAAAGAAAGGGUUGACUGCAGAUCCGGAAGAAACUGUCACUGAAAUCAAACAGAAAGACAGUGAUCUAGCUAUGCUCAAACUAAGACAGCCUGUUAAGAAGUCAAAUCUUGCACCUGACCCGAUAACCAAGAAGAAAAUAUCAGAGCCGAAAGGUUCUCCUACUUUUCUAGAACAUCUUUCUCAGUUGUUAGGGCCUAAAGCUGAGGAGAAAGGUAUUGAUGAAGUAGUACCGGCAUCUGGGGAGGUCCAAGAAAGAUCUGUGAGCACAGAUCCAUCUGAAGAAAUGAAACCAAGUCCUGCCGAAUCUGCACUGGAUGCAUUUAAAGCUUUAUUUACACGUCCUCCCAAAAAAGAGACAACUGCUGACACUUCAGAAUUAGAAGCAAUAAAACGUAAAAUGAAACAUGAAAAGGAAACUUUGAUGGCAAUAUUUGAGAGGUCUAAAUCAAAAUCCAGUGAUGGAGCCACAGAAACAAAACCAGCUGAUAUAAUACUUUCAGAGCAGGAUGACAAGACUCCAGGAAGACUCCAGACUGUCUGGCCACCACUCAAAGCAGAAGAAGAGAAAAUAGGCUUAAAAUAUACAGAAGCAGAGUACCAUGCUGUGAUUUUGCAGUUAAAAAGGGAAUAUAAGGAUGAAAUUGAGAAACUAAAAUCUGAGUUUGAACUCGAAGUCUUUCAUAUUCGAGGAGAACACGCUUUAUCAAUAGCAAAGCUUGAGGAGCACAUUCUAUAUUUAAAAAAUGAACUGGAAAAUAGGAUAUGCAAGCAAAGUGAAGAAGCAAAGGAUGCCUGUGUAUCCACCGAAGAUGACUACCCACCAAAGACAUACAGAAAUGUCUGCAUCCAGACAGACAGAGAAACUUUUAUAAAGCCAAAUGAAGAUGAAACACGGACACCAAAAAAUAAUCAGAAAAUCCCUAAGAAACUUUCUAAACCCUAUUUGAAUAACAGUGUUUUAGCUUCAACUGAUCGUAAGGAAACAGGCAGUUCUGGCCAAACCUCAGGGAUUGUUUUUUCAAAGUUGGACCAAACAACGCCACCACCUCCUCCACCACCUCCUCUUCCUCUCUCACUGUCUGAUUCAAUUCCACCACAACCACCACCAUUGCCUACAAGCUUGAGAUCUGCCCAUCCAUUGGCGCCAGCGCCACCACCACCACCACCACCACUUCCUUCAGCUUUUGGCGUUCAUCAGCCCUCUCUACCUCUCCCACCAGGGCCACCUCCAACAGGAACAGGGCCUCCUCCUCCACCACCACCUCUGCCACCACCACUGCCACUUGGCUCUAAUUUUUCUUCAAGAAGUCAAGAUCUUCGAAAACCUGCCGUUGAACCCUCUUGUCCCAUGAGGCCUCUCUACUGGAACAGAAUCCAAAUAUCAGAUAGCAGUCAACAGUCAAUGCCAACUCUUUGGGAGUCAUUAGAAGAACCCGACCUUUGUGAUACAAAUGAAUUUGAAUACUUAUUCUCAAAAGAAACAGCUCAGGAAAAGAAAAAAGCACUAGCUGAGUCUUAUGAAAAGAAAACAAAAACCAAAAAGAUUAUCAAAUUGUUGGAUGGGAAGAGAUCUCAAACUGUAGGAAUUCUGAUAUCCAGUUUACAUCUGGAGAUGAAGGACAUAGAACAAGCUGUACUAAAUAUGGAUGAUUCAGUAGUUGACCUAGAAACAUUGGAAGCACUAUAUGAAAAUAGAGCACAGAAGGAUGAACUGGAAAAAGUAAAGCAACAUUAUGACACUUCAACAGAAGAAGAAGUUAAGCUACUGGACAAACCUGAACAAUUUUUAUAUGAGUUAUCCCAGAUCUCCAACUUUGCUGAACGUGCCCAAUGUAUAAUCUUUCAAUCUGUCUUCAAUGAAGGGAUAAUUGCAGUUCAUCAUAAAGCUGACAUUAUUCAUCAUGUUUGUAAGGAGUUGAUCACAAAGAAAAGUGUGAAAAAUAUUCUAGCUUUGAUUCUGGCUUUUGGAAAUUAUAUGAACGGAGGAAAUCGAACACGUGGUCAGGCAGAUGGAUUUGGCUUGGAAAUACUUCCCAAACUAAAAGAUGUUAAGAGCAAAGAUACAGGAAUCAGCCUUGCAGAUUAUGUUGUAAUUUAUUACCUACGCCAUUGUGAUAAGGAUGCAGGAACAGAAAAUAGUGUUUUUCCAUUGCCAGAGCCCCAGGAUUUCUUCCAGGCAUCACAAGUAAAAUUUGAAGAUCUGAUAAAAGAUUUAAGAAAACUAAAGAGAGAUCUAGAAGGUUGCGAAAAACAAAUGAAAGUUGUUUUCAGGGAAUCAUCUGAAGAACAUCUUCAGCCCUUUAAGGAUAAGUUUGAAGAAUUUUUCUCUAAAGCUGUAGAAGAACAUAAGGCAGAGGAAAGUCUCCUGGACAAUGCACAAAAGUGCUUUGAAGAAAUGGUGAGAUACUAUGGAAUAAAGCCAAAAUCUGGUGAAAAGGAGACCACGCCGAAUUAUGUUUUCAUGGUUUGGUAUGAGUUCUGUAGUGACUUUAAGACUACUUGGAAACGGGAGAACAAAGACAUUUCCAAAGAAAGACUUAGAAUGGCUCAGCAAUCAGUGAGCAAAUUAACUUCAGAAAAGAAAGUGGAAACUAGGAAAAUCAAUCCAACUGCCAGUCUGAAAGAAAGACUACGUCAGAAAGAAGCUAAUGUGACUCCCAACUGAAAGAAGACCCCAGAACAAAAAAAAAAC